AUGAUGCAAGUAACCCAAACUAUCAAUGAAAAGGUCACAAAGGCAUCAUAUUUAGUUAGCUAUCGCAUUGCACAAGAAGGUGAAGCGCACACUAUCGCUAAGAUUUUAAUAAAACCAUGUGUGUUAGAUAUAACAAAAUGUAUGCUCGAUGAAAAAUCUGCAAAGCAUCUUUCUACUGUGCCACUAUCAAACGAUACUGUUUCACGUCGAAUUCAUGAUCUGGCAAGCUACUUCAAACAAGAGCUAGUUACACGUCUACAAAAAACACGAUUCGUCUUGCAAAUGGAUGAGUCUACUGAUGUCGCUGGUCUGGCUAUCUUGCUGGUUAUCGUGAGAUAUCCAUAUGAAAGUUCUUUUGAAGAAGACAUGCUUAUGUGUUCACCGUUGCCCACAAACACUACCGGAGAAGAAAUUUUUACUAAAAUAAAUAUAUUUUUUGAAGAAAAUAAUCUCAGUUGGAACGAUUGCAUUGACAUUUGUACAGAUGGGGCCAAGGCAAUGACGGGUAAAACAGCAGGAGUCGUGUCACGAAUACAAAAAAAAGCACCUAAUUGUGGUUCCAGUCAUUGUCUCCUGCAUAGACAAACACUAGCAAUGAAGCAAAUGCCAUCAAACCUAAAACUAGUAAUGGAUGAAGCGGUACAAAUUAUUAAUUUUAUCAAAUCACGACCACUACAAUCCCGAUUGUUCUCAUUAUUGUGUGAAGAUUAUGGUAGCAAACAUAAAACACUGCUGCUCCAUACAGAAGUGCGACGGCUGUCUCGGGGUAAAACUUUAACAAGGCUAUUUGAACUUAAAGCCGAGUUACAAAUGUUCUUUUCAGAUACUUCUUUUAGUUUGAAAGACCGUUUGUAUGAUAAAACUUGGUUGUUCCGACUGUCUUUCAUGGCGGAUAUCUUUCAAAAACUGAACGAAUUAAAUUUAUCAUUGCAAGGUAAACAGACAACAGUGUUCCAGGCCUGUAACAAAAUAACUGCCUUUAAAAGAAAAUUAGAUUUUUGGAUUAUUUGCGUUAGUAAGAGAGAAAUAAAAAUCUUUACGUUACUCAGUGAGUUUGUUAGCGAUAACGACUCAGAAAUGUUUUAA